CGCUCUGUUAAAUGACGUUCCCCCUACUCUUCACAAACCUGAGUCACUGAAGAUAUGGCCUGACUUCGAGCUCUUCACAUUUGAGAAUCUGCGGGAAAACCACUGAGGCAGCCAUGAGGGACAGACUGAUUGACCUACAGGCUCUCUCUGAGUCUAGCAGCAACCAAGAGGAGCAGGAAUAUGCAGAGUCUGUCUCAGACUCGUUCAGCAAUGUGGACUUGGAAGAUGACUUCCAUCAGCAGGCAAUCAUUUUUGACAACAGCGAUGAGAUGGAUGCUGUGCUUGAUGAGGCUCAGGAGACAAGGCGUAAGAUCCAGCUCAUGCGCCUGGAGGUAAAGCGGCUCAGAGAUCAAAACUCACGCAUCCUCACCGAGCCCACUCGCACCAGCACCAUAAAGCAAGACUCCAAUGCCAUUGCCGCUGACAUCAAGACUCGCGGGGAGGACCUGCUGGCACGUCUUCACAAAAUCGACUCUCGCGCCAAAGAGCUGGAAGAAGAGUAUGGCAUCAACUCAGCUGUUGCUAGAAUUGCCAGAACACAGUACGCCGGCUUGAGCAACAAUUUUCGAGAUGUGAUGAUGGAAUACAACGACGCAGAGAUGAGCCACAAGGAGACAUGCAAACAGCACAUCCAGCGGCAGAUGGAGAUCGUAGGCCAAGAGGUGACAGGUGAGCAGAUCGAGGAGAUGUUGGAGAACGGCCAGUGGAACAUCUUCACUGAAAAUGUGAUUUCAGAAGGGAAAACUGCACGCUCUGCACUCAACCAGAUCGAAAGCAGACACCGUGACCUGCUGGAGUUGGAGAAACGAAUCAAGAGUAUCCAUGAGGUGUUCCUAGAUGUGGCCAUGCUGGUGGAAGAACAAGGGCCCAUGAUAGAUUAUAUCUUCGCCAAUGUUCAGAAAACUGAUGCCAUGCUUGGUGAGGCCCUGAUUAGACUUGGCAGAGCCAAGAGACACGACAGCAACAAUCCAUUUAAGAAAAUGUUCUGUAGCUGCUUCCCAUGCGUCAAGUGAUUAAUUUGGGCAAAGGUGUUGGACUUUUGGCUUUGUCUGAAAUAUUUAGAUUCCAGUUUUUCAUAGGCAGUCUUCCCAGUUUGGCUCAUCUCAACUCUGACUGCUGAUUGUGUUAAGCACAUAAAAGAUAAAGUCAAAUUACAUUACUUUUCACACAAUGAAAAUAUUUUCUACAAGUUUAUCAGUUCAGCAUCUCCUGUUGAGGGUGUAUUGGCAAGAAACCUGUGUUUAACAAUCAGUAUCACUAAUUUAGAGUUGAUAUUAAAAUACAGAGAGCUAUUACAGACCACUAAGCUUGUACAUAUAUUUAAUGCGCCUUAUGUGUCAACAUAAUGUAUCUUCAUGACAAACAUGACCCUACAUCUAGAAAUGCAACCUUCUAUCUAGCUGUGUUGAUGCUGCAGUUAAAUCUGAUAUUUAAUAAGUACAGUCAGUGAAAUCAGACUAUCCGGUGUUUUGAGCAUGACAUUACUCACCAUAUGAAGUGCAUUCCUUAUAAGGUUUAACUUGAAUUGUAUUCAUCAGUUAGUGUAAUAUGUACUGUAGAUUAUGUAGACGUCAGCCUUUCUUAUCUUGUAGUUCUGUUUAGAUGGUUAAUUGUUCAU